AUGAAUCUUAAUUUAAUUAUAAUAAAUAUUGUAGCUUUACCUUUAUUAGGUUCUUUUGUAGCGGGUUUUUUAGGGCGAAAAUUAGGAGUUAAAGGUUCCCAAUUUAUUACUUGUUUAUCUUUACUGCUUUCUUCAAUCUUAAUUAGUAUUGCUUUUUAUAAAAUAGUACUAUGUGGUGGAGAAUCUAUUAAUUUAAAUUUAGAAUUUAAAUUCGAUAAUUUAAGUAUUUCAUUAGGUUUAGCAGUUUUAUAUUGUUCUACUCUUAUUCACUUUUAUAGUAUUUCUUACUUAGAAACUGAUGCCCAUAAUCAAAGAUUUUUUGCUUACUUAUCUGCUUUCACAGGAGGUAUGCUAGUUUUAGUUUUUGGAGGGAAUUAUUUUGUAAUGUUUGUGGGUUGGGAAGCAAUUGGGGUAUUCUCCUAUUUGUUAAUUAAUUUCUAUUUUACAAGAAUACAAGCAAACAAAGCAGCUAUAUUGGCCUUUACUAUGAAUAGAACAGGGGAUAUGAUAUUAAGUAUCGGUUUCUUUGCCUUAUUUGGUUUAUUUGGGACUCUUAAUUACGAGUCUAUUUUUUCAUUAGCCCCUAGUGCUAAUCAAUUAGCUAUUACUAUUAUUUCAUUAUUAUUAAUUGGGGGUAGUUUAGCUAAAUCCGCUCAAAUCCCUUUACAUAGUUGGUUGCCUGGUAGUAUGGAAGCCCCUACUCCAGUUUCAGCCUUACUACAUGCUGCUACUCUUGUUACAGCGGGAAUUUAUUUACUAUUAAGAAGUUCACCUAUUUUAGAAUAUAGCCCUACAGCUUUACUAAUAUUAACUUUUAUCGGUUCUACCACUGCUUUUGUAGCUGCUUCAUCGGGGCUAGUUCAAAAUGAUUUAAAAAGAAUUGUUGCCUUCUCUACUAUUAGUCAAUUAGGUUAUAUGAUGAUGGCUGUAGGGCUUAGUCAGUAUAAUGUGGCCUUAUUUCAUGUAGUAAAUCAUAGUUUCUUUAAAGCUCUACUAUUUUUAGCUAGUGGUUCAAUUAUUCAUGCAGUAGCUGAUCAACAAGAUGUUAGAAAAAUGGGUGGACUGAUUAAAUUUUUACCCGUUACUUAUUCCUUAUUAAUGGUAGGAACUAUUUCAUUAAUGGCUUUACCUUUUGUUUCGGGUUAUUAUAGUAAAGAUUUAAUAUUAGAAUUAGCUUAUAGUAAAUAUAGCUUUAGUGGAACUUAUGCUUUUGUAUUAGGUUCAUUAACUGCUUUUUUAACUGCUUUUUAUAGUUUUAGGUUAAUAAGUUUAGUUUUCUUAACUUCGCCUAAUGGGGGUAAAUUAACAUAUUUAAAUUCACACGAGUCUAGUUUUAUAAUGAUAUUACCUAUGAUUAUUUUGGGUAUAUUUAGUAUUUUUUUUGGUUAUAUCUUUUCAGAUUUAUUUGUUGGAAUUGGUACUGAUUUUUUAGCGGGAACUGCUUCUAAAGGAAGUGAUGCAUUAUUUAUACACCCUGAUAAUGUAACAUUAGUUGAGGCUGAAUUUAGUUUACCCGUAAUUAUUAAACUUUUACCUACUUUUUUAAGUAUAAUUGGAGCUUUAUUAGCCUUAUAUCUAUAUAAUAAAAAUAUUAAUUUUAUAAUAAAAUUAACUGAAACAAUAUUUAUAUCAAAAAUAUACACUUUUUUAAAUAGUAAGUACUUCUUUGAUGUACUAUAUAAUAACUAUAUCAUUAGCAAAGGAUUUAAAUUUGGUUACAAAAUAUCAGAAGAAUUAGAUAAAGGUGUUAUAGAAUUAGUAGGACCUUUUGGAUUGUCUAAUUUAUUCACUAAGAUCGCAAAAAAUAUUGCUAAAUUAGAUACAGGAUUGAUACCUUCAUAUAUUAUUUAUAUUAUUUCAGGGUUUAUGUUUUUAAUUUCAUUUUCUUUUGCUCCUUUAAUUUUAGAUGACAAUUUUACAGAUUUUACUACUCUAUUAAUUAUUUACAUCCCUACUUAUAUUUUUUUAUUAAUUUCUCCACAGUUGAUACUAUCAGAAGGAAGUAACUUGAAGCUGAAUUAA